GCUCAUCAAAUUCCCUCCGACAUGGUCACUCGUCUGGUGGGCAAUCAGGUCACCGUCUCACCCAUCGUUACCAUCGAGCCAAGGCGUCGCAAAUUCCACAAGCCCAUCACUCUCACCAUUCCUCUGCCUCGUUCGGCUGUUACAACUAAACAACACCACAGUGGUACGGGUGCCGAUUCAGCGGCCAACAACAGCCUCCGACUCCUCUGUUCCAUCACGGGAGGCACGGCACCUGCUGUGUGGGAGGAUAUCACGGGUUCCACACCGCUCUCCCGUGUCAAAGACUGUGUUUCGUUCACCACUACUGUCUCCGCUAGGCUGUGGCUAAUUGACUGUCCGGUGAUCAAUGCAGUGGUGGAGGUUGCAAUGCGUCUCUACAAGGAGGCCUCAACUGUCCCUUACAUGGGCAAGUUUAUCGUCUUCGCAAAGCGUCCGGAAGUUGACGAAGCUUUAAUGCGUUGCUUCUGCAUCACUGAUGACAAAGUUGACAAGACCCUUGAAUGUCAAGAGGGCUUUGACUUGGUCGCAGCUAGCAACGAAAUUGAGGUUGUUGACAAUCGUCCCACCUGGCUUGAGGCCUCAGGCAACCUCGUACCUGUGGUCAAAGCCGAUGACCAGCUGAGACUACAUUUUAAUGCCUUUCGAGAGAAUCGUCUAGCUUUUCCUGUGCGUAUCAAGGAUCCACAGCUGGAGCCCUGUGGAAAACUCGCUUUUGUUCGUGAUCCACGUCCGGGCAGCGCAAAUGAAGUUAAACCAAUGUUCCAGGAACUGGGAGGAACAACCAUCACUGAAGCGCUGCCAGUUAGGUCAAUUUGUGGACUAGAGGUGGUUCUGCCCUCAGAAAUUGGCGGUACGAGAUCCGGAUCAGUGUUGAUUAGUGGCGCUGACGGUGCACACACGAUUGCCUCGACGACAGCGGCUACGUCAGUGGUGUCGUUGUCUUGCUCUCAGCCGCAACACUUUGAACAUCCCACGCAAAAUCUACCAGAGGCGGACUCGCAUGGUCGGUGUUUAGUGGUACCACCGCCUGAAUGGGCAACCUCCAUGACUGCAGAGUCCAUAGCUCGUACUCAGCUUGAUCUUGUGGAAAUUGCCACCCAAAUCGGUUCGGACUGGCCACGUCUUGUGAAGGCGCUUUUUGCUCGCGACUCUUCCGAGUUGCCACCCUCGGCGGACCAACUAAUCGGUUGGAUCGCACGGCGUUGCGCCUCCGCGGACACUUUGAGUGCGGCUGGACUUACCUACGAGAGCUUGCGAUGUGAUCGUGACCGUGCUCUCGCCAUCCUCCUCGCCUGGACCAUUGAAGCUGGUGAUGCUGCUACUGGCAAUGAAUUGGACGUUGUGCUACGACAAAUUGGACGCGAAGACAUAGUGAAGAAUUGCAUGCGUGAUAUUCGACCCGUGCUGGAGUUGGAUGAACGUGAAAAGUCGGCAAGUGAUUUGGUGGGCGAACGAGCUCUACACACAAUGGAAUUCUCAUCACCCUUCGAGGAGGAGGAGGGGGGAGGCACGAGUGCAGCGCAUGUCACGAGUACGUUGGAACCCUCGUCACCGGAGAAUGUGGAACCGGUAGAGGAACCGGAGGUGACUAUGAUGCCAAGAGCAGAGCCGGAGAUUUCAGAGCUCUCAAUGACGGAGCAAUCGCAAUCUUUUGCUGUGGCGGAGUCUGCGAUUCCACCAUCAAGCGAGCAAACUGAUGCGCUGAUGUCCUCAGUGGAUGUGACAACAACUCCAGUCAUCGAUACGACGAAUCAGGAGGACAGCGAGACAGCCGAGGUUGAGGAGGAGAAGGAGGAGGUUGCGGAGUCAUCUAGUCCCCCGUUGUCAGACUUUCCACUAAGUGAGAACCCUCAUCCCCACGAGGGUGAACCAAAGUAG